GAUCGACUCGAUGGAGACCUUGUUAACACUCCUCGAUUCACAGCGUCAACAACAGAAGGUACUCGCCAAAGUACAGCGACCAAUUGGCGAUCCACGACAAGGCUGGCCAGUCCUCGCCGAGUCCAAUGGCACAGAGGGAGCAGGCUCGUAACCACCAUUGAUUUCUGGUCCUUCCCGAGUGGCCCGCCAUGGCACCAUCAAGCCGUCAACGAUCGACACCCUCGUCCGAGUACAAAGCUAUUGCGGGUCAGAAUGCCCGCGCAAAGCAUGCGAAAGAGGCGGAAGACGCGACAAUGAAAGAUGCGGGCAUCCCCGCCGACAAGGCAGAAUCCAAAGCCCUCGAGCUACAGCGCAAAGCCCUCGAAGCUCGACGCAAGACCGAAUACGGGCGUCGUUGGUGGUGGACUGUCGGCUUCUGGACAUGGAUGCUCUGCAUACACGCCGCUGGCAUUCUCUUCUUUACAAGUGGUUUUCUGUUGACACGUCUGGUUUUGGACGAGAAGUCGAGCUGUGCUGUGCCGCCGGUGGAUCUCCCCUCGAGCUGGAACGGCCGAGGGACCGUCGGGGGCGGGUGCUGGCACCCCAAGUCCUUUGACAGGGCCGUUGUCGUCGUUAUCGACGCCCUUCGGUAUGACUUCACCGUGCCCGUACAAGAUAACGCUCCUUUCCACAACGCCUUUCCCUUCUUACACGAGACUGCCGUCCGAUCUCCCGAGCACGCCGUCUUGCGACCCUUCAUCGCCGACCCACCGACAACCACCCUUCAGCGGCUCAAAGGCCUAACCACCGGUACCUUGCCGACCUUCAUUGAUGCGGGGAGCAACUUUGCGGGUACAGCAAUUGACGAGGACAACCUGUUGAUGCGGAUGAAAGACGCUGGAAAGCGCAUUGUACACCUGGGAGACGACACCUGGCUAUCACUAUUCCCCGGCUACUUUGAGGCCAAUAUCAGCCACGCCUAUGACAGCUUCAACGUCUGGGAUCUACACACAGUUGACAAUGGUGUCAUAGAGCAUCUCGCUCCUCUUCUCGAAGACCGGCAAAAGGGGAGCUGGGAUCUUCUUAUCGGCCAUCUACUCGGAGUGGAUCACGCCGGUCACCGGUAUGGUCCCGAUCAUGCUGCCAUGACGGCCAAACUCCAACAAAUGGACGAGUUCAUCCGUGAUAUCACUUCGCGCAUCGACGAGGAUACCCUCCUGGUUGUGAUGGGCGACCACGGCAUGGACAGCAAGGGGGACCAUGGCGGUGAAAGCGACGACGAGGUGGAGGCUGCGCUCUGGAUGUAUUCCAAGCGCCCAUUCUUUGGAAGGACCGAGCCUGAGCAUAUCCAACCUCCAGCCACGGCAAAAAUCCGACCAGUCAACCAGAUUGACCUUGUGCCGACCUUGGCUCUAUUGCUCGGGAUUCCCAUCCCCUACAACAACCUCGGUGGCCCUAUUGAGGAAGCAUUUGCUGGCAAACAGGGAAAUGCAUGGCAAAAUCUGGCUGCGGUGUCGCGAAUCACCGCGGCGGGAAUUCGGCGGUAUCAGGGCUCAUACUUUGCCGCCCGCGGUGUUGAAAGCUCCGCUCCGAACCACAAGACGGAUAUUUGGAACACGGCUGAGCACUCUUGGGGGACGAAGUCGUGGCGGGACGCGUACCGGUCGUUCAGAGAAUACCAACACGACACGCUCUCUGUCUGUAAGGGCCUCUGGGCCAGGUUUGACGUCCCUAAGAUGGUGACUGGCAUUACCAUCAUGGGUGUCGCGCUCGUCUUCCUCCUGGUGUACUCCUCUCGUGGUGAAGAUGAUGACUUCGCAGCGGCAGAGGAUUCGGAGCUCGACCUGGUCGAGAAGAAACUCGAGCUCCGGGAUUUUCAGUCCGAUUCGUCCCCCUCUUACAAGACGCGUCACAAGAGUAUUGUGGUGGCCGCUCUGGUAGGCGCUGUCCCCGGGGCGGUUGCCGGUGCCACACUGUCCUUUCUGACCGGACUCGAUGACCUGAGCUAUGCAGGGGCGGCAGCAGCUCUGGCCAGCGUCUUGGCUGCCCUGGCAUCUAUGCUCGGGGCCGGCAAGAGAGUGGCCGAUAUCCUGCCUACAUCGGUAUGGGGUUGGCUUUCGGUCAUAUUCACUGUGAGCCAGUCUGUUGGCUUCGCGUCCAACUCGUAUACUAUUUGGGAAGAUUCUAUCCUUCUGUUCUUCCUCACUACCUUUGGUGUAGUGAGCGCCGUCGCUUCCUUCUCUAUUCCCUCUGCCAGGGACCGCACUUUAGGCGUGUACCAUUCUGUUGUCUUUAUCGUCCUGGGCAGGGUGGCAUCCUUCUCGAAGCUCUGUCGGGAGGAGCAGAUGCCCUACUGCACGUCAACUUACUAUGCAUCGGCUUCGUCUUCAACCUCGGCGGUUUGGCAGUUGGUUAUUCCUUUUGCUGUCGCCUUGAUGCUUCCGGCCGUCAUCAAGUCGUUCCUAGUGCCACCCCGAUCUUGGGAAGGCCUCGGCCCGACCUGGAUUGGUACUAUAUACAGGACCGGUCUUUUCAUGGCCGCCACUUACUGGGUUCUCGACGCCGCCGAUAACAGCAAUUGGUUCCCCAGCCUAUCUUCGCAUGCGCUCAAGUCGAUCGGCGUCUAUCUCGCGCAGCUUACUCUCGCCCUAGCUUUCGUGGCAGGCACGACAGCCUUCAUUUGGGCACCGCCCUUGGUAUCUGUUUUCACGGCAGCGAGCCCGACCGGAGCUAAACAGCUCACGAUUCUCGGCUACGGGAACGCGCACGGGGCGAGAUACCUCCUUCUGCCGCUCAAUAUCCUGGGGGCGUGUAUCCUCCUGUCGAAGCCCAUGGGAGGCGGAGCUCUUGCCAUCGUUUUCUGGCAGAUCAUGUCGCUGAUGGAAAUCGUGGACCUCAACUCCCUAUCGGGCGAGGCCAUCGGUCCCGUCAUGCUCGGGCUGAUCGGCAACUUUGGGUACUUCAAGACGGGCCACCAGGCGGCGCUGAGCAGCAUCCAAUGGGACAGUGCUUUCAUCCCACUGUUCUCCAUCCGUUACCCCUGGAGCCCCGUCGUGGUCGCCCUGAACACGUUCGCGGGGCAGAUCAUCGCGGUGGCGGCGCUACCACUGAUCGCUCUUUGGAAGGUAGGACCCAAAAGGAAAGGGGUCCUGGAGAGCACGAGCAGGGCCCUAGGGGCCCUUGUCUCCUUUUUCGCGGUGGAGUCGAUGGCAACGAUGGCGUGGGCCGGUCACUUGAGGAGACACCUGAUGCUGUACAGGGUCUUCAGUCCUCGAUUUAUGAUGGGGGCGGCGGUUUUACUUACCGUGGAUCUGGUGGGUAUUCUCGUUGCCCUGACGGGUGUGAAGGCCAACACAUUAUCUGUGAGUGAAGUGUUUGGGUGGGUGGACUGAACCCAGAUGAGGCAGGACAAGUCUUCAGCUUUCAAAAUUUGGUCUCUUUGUAUUAUACAUCGAUUCGUCAUCGGAUCAAGGAUUGGGUGAUAUAGGUAUGAUACCCAAGGUCACAAGGUCCUCGACUCGGGGGCCCCUGAGGUACCGAGUCGGAUGAUGGGAUUUCUGACACAGGCGCUUGGUUGAUACCUGGUAUCUAAUACGGAUAACACAAAAGUCACAUCCCUCGAUAGACGUGUAUAGAUAGUAAAUACAGUCAGUUAAAUAUCAAUUCGAUUUGGACGC